AUGGGUGGGUCUGGGAAGACCACUCUGGCAAAAGCAUUAUAUAAUGAAAAAAGUUCAUGUAUAGAAAAAUCUAGUUUUGUUUUUGAUGUUAGAAAUGCUGCAUGCAAAAACGAAUUACAUGAUAAGCAGAGACAACUCCUUAAAGAUUUGGGGUUUAAAUUCAAUGAUCAACCAUUUGACAGUAUAGAACAAGGCAAGGUGAUUCUCUCUAAUUAUUUGAGAUCUCUUACUGUAUUUAUCAUUUUGGAUGACGUGGAUCAUAGGGAUCAGCUAGAAGUUUUACUGCCAGGAAAGAAUAGCCUUGCAUCUGGGAGUUUGAUCAUUAUCACAACACGGGACAAGGAACUUCUCAAGAUUUGGGGCAUCUCUUGUAUUUAUGAAAUGAAAUCAAUGAAUAAGUCUCAAGCCCAGCAGCUUUUUUGUUGGCAUGCAUUCUUACAACCUUCUCCAUUGUCAGGGUUUGAAGAUCUUCUUGAAAAAUUUGUAAGUGUUAGCAAUGGGUUACCCUUGUCUUUAAAGGUGCUUGGAGGUCAGCUUCAUGGUUGCUCUAAUAAAGAUUUGUGGGAGGAUGCAUUGCAUAAAAUUUCUAGAAUAUUGCCUGAUGAUAUUCUAAAUAGGCUGAGGGUGAGCUAUGAUGCUCUAGAUAAAGAAGAGCAACAAAUGUUCUUAGAUGUAGCUUGUUUCUUCAUUGGCAAAAACAAGAUGAUUGCUAUUGCAGUAUGGGAAGGAUCAGGCUGGAGUGGUCUGUGGGGUUGGGAGAGGCUUGUGAAUAAGUGUCUUGUUGAGUUUGUUCAUGAGAAUGAGAUAAGAAUGCAUGACCACCUAAGAGAGUUAGGUAGGGAUAUUGCAAGUACUCUUUCACCUCAUCGUCUAUGGUCUCCAAAUCAGGUUAUGUUGAUUAACAAACAAGAGCAGAUCAGAGGAAUGAUAUUGAAUGUAACAACUAAUGAUGCUCACAAGUUUCCUAACUCCGUGUUCAAUACAAGCAUAUGGCCAGGUGGGCUCAAAAUAAUUAGAAGCCCUUUCUUUUAUGGAUUAAAAAUUUUUGUGGUAGGAGAAAACUUUGGAAACAAUUUACACAUUGCCAAAUUAUCAAGAGAGUUGGCAUGGCUUAGCUGCACCAGAAUUGCUCAUAGAAAUCUUCCAUCAUGGAUGUCGUUGAAAAAUUUAAGGGUUUUAGAACUUUAUGAUUGCCCUGAGAUAGUUGGCUUGUGGAAGGAUGGAGUGGAAGCUCCAGUACGGCUAAGAGUGUUGAUUGUUUCUUCUUGCCCUAAAUUAAAAGAAAUUCCAAAGUGCAUAGGAGAUCUCAAGAAUUUGAAGAAGAUAUCCCUAUCUAGGGGCAAUUUGAAGAGUUUGCCAGAGGAAUUUUGCUGUCUUCAAUCACUGGAGCACCUAGAAUUGCAAAACUGUGAGAGUCUAUUAUCGCUACCUAGUUGUUUUGGCCAUUUGACAAACUUAAGGCAUCUAGAUUUGAGUGGUUCUGUUGCAUUGAAGACGUUGCCAAAUUCUUGUAAGCAGUUCACGCUCCUACAACAUCUUGAUUUACAGAGGUGUGACCAACUCACCUUACAGUCAGACAUCCUCGAAAACAUGACAAGGUUGCAGUAUUUGAAUCUUAAUCAGUGCACACAAUUGGAGGAGCUGCCCCGUCACAUCUCAAACCAGGCUUCCUUGAGUGAGCUCCACUUAGAGGGGACGAGGUUAAGAGAGCUCCCAAUUAACAUCGGUCAGCUGAGCAAGUUGAGAGUGAUGACGAUAUGUCCAAAUGAAGGGUUAUUCCAGAUGCAAUCUCUACCAGAUUCUAUGGGGAGCCUUACUCUUUUAGAACGAUUGACAUUAGAGAAUUUAGGAGUACAAUCUUUACCAAAAUCAUUAAAGCAGCUGACUAAUCUUCAGACUCUGAAAAUAAAUAAUUGCCCAAUCGGCAAUUUGGAGUUUGGGCGGGGCCCAUUUACUUCGUUGUUUGGCAAUCUCAAGGAAAUAGAGCUGGCGUCAACUAGAGUGUCAAAGAUUACAAUUUUUGAUGACUGUUGUCCCCGCCUUAAAAUUCUCAGACUUUGGGAUAAUAACCAUCUAAUGGAGGUCGACACUCUACCAACAGCAGUGGAGGAAAUCUGGGUCGACUAUUGUGGAUUGCUAAGGAACAUAAGUGGUAUUGGUGGCAUGGUAAACCUUCAAUAUCUGAUGCUAAUACACUGUCCAGAGUUGGACACACUUCCAAGUUUCUAUAAAUUAUCUUCACUGAAAGUAUUUAGACUACAAGGUGACAACAAAGUUGAGACGAUACAAGGUUUACAACACUGCACAUCAUUGGAGAUGCUUACGGUAGAGGGUAAAUGUUGGGAGGUGUCGGGCACAAAAAGCUGGGAGCACCUACAAAGAUUGAGACGUGUUCAACUCGUAGUAAAGAAGAUAUCAGCUAUUUUGCCUUGCAUUCAAACGAUUCAGAAAUGGCCAGAAGAAAUAACAAUAUCUGCAAAGGCAGUCGCUGGUGCAGGGUCACUUAUAAACUCUUCAGCCUUUUCCAAUCUCUCUGACGUCCACUCCUUUGCUAAAGAGGAAUUUAUCUACAACAAGGAAUUCAUCUGUAAUCUCUUCAACCAUUCCUCCGAUGGCAUUGCCAUGAUGCUAUGUUUGCUUAUAAAAUGUAACUCAUUUAAGCGAUUGAAUAUUGAUCAGUGUCAAUUUAGUGGGGAGAUGGAAGCAGACCUGACGGGAAAGGACCUUCAAAAACUUAGAUCCUUUGCCGCCAUGGCCCUAAGGUUUCUAAAAUGGAGGUUUCUGGGUGACAAUCCAGAAGACACGAGCAGAGAAGAAGAAUUCCUGAACUUUGCUAGACUCAAUGGUGUUCUUCCACCCAAACCAGAAGCAAAGGAUUCCCAUGCGGAGUAG